AUGCCCAACACAAGCCUCCGUCGCCCGCAAAAGGGCUUUCGCCGUGGAGGCAAGACUGCCUACCAUGGAGCCCGAACUCGCACAUUCGCCGCUUCCUCUCGGACAGAGGCCACCUCGGCGGACGAGAAAUGGGAGCGCACGCGGCUCGCGCACACCAUCGACGAGAACAUGGGCUUCGCCCGAUACGAGAGCGGCAAGAAGAAGGAAGGCUGGCUCGUCAACGUCCAGCCCACAUCGCUCGAGGACGACAGGAUACCCAACGGCCGGUCCGCUCUUGACUGCUACUUCAUCGAGGAAGAUGGCUCGACAUUCAAGGCGACAGUGGAAUACGACCCGUACUUCUUGAUCGCCGUGAAGAAGGGGCACGAGUCCGAGGUGGAAGAAUGGGUCAAGAGAGUCCCUGGAGACGGCGUAAUCAAGUCGAUUCGUCGAGUUGAGAAGGACGAUCUGAACAUGCCGAACCACCUUCUUGGUUACCGCCGAACAUUCAUCGAGCUCCGGUUCGCCAACGUCAACGACCUGCUGGCCGCGAGAAGGGACAUCAUGCCCAUCGCGGAAAAGAACAAGAAAAAUAUGAAUGCAAUGGAUGCGUAUGCCGAGGUCGCGACCGCCAACAACGGCAACUUUGACCUUUUUGACGAUUUACGAGACGACGAACGACACAUGAACAAUUCUAUUUCGGAUGCUAGCGACUUUAUUGUCGACAUACGAGAAUACGAUGUUCCCUACCAUGUACGAGUAAUGAUAGACUUGGAUAUAAGAGCUGGAAAAUGGUACUUCGUCGAGGCCAAACACGGCGUAACGAAGAUCUACCCCAGCGAAGAGAGGUCGCUUCCAGCAGACCCUGUGGUCAUGGCCUACGAUAUCGAGACGAGCAAGCUGCCUCUAAAGUUUCCCGACGCUGCCACCGAUCAGAUCAUGAUGAUUUCGUACAUGAUUGAUGGGCAGGGUUUCCUAAUCACCAACCGCCAGAUCAUCUCCGAAGACAUUGGCGACUUCGACUACACCCCAAAGCCCGAGUACCCGGGCCCCUUCAUGAUCUUCAACGAACCUGACGAAAAAGCUCUGAUUGAAAGGUUCUUCCUUCACAUCAAAGAAGCCCGUCCAACUGUUAUCGCGACUUACAACGGUGACUUUUUCGAUUGGCCCUUUGUGGAAGCUAGAGCAAGUGUCAACGGUAUCGACAUGUACCAUGAGAUUGGCUGGAAGAAGGACAGCGAGGACCAGUACAAGUGCAACUACAGCGUGCACAUGGAUUGCUUCCAUUGGGUCAACCGAGAUUCAUAUCUACCUCAAGGUUCUCGAGGUUUGAAGGCUGUCACAGUCGCAAAGCUCGGAUACGACCCCGAUGAACUCGAUCCGGAGUUGAUGACACCCUACGCUAGCGAGAGGCCACAGACUCUUGCAGAGUAUUCCGUUUCAGAUGCAGUCGCCACAUACUACCUGUACAUGAAAUAUGUGCAUCCUUUCAUCUUCUCUCUAUGUACCAUUCUUCCAUUGGGUGGCGACGACGUCCUGAGGAAAGGAACGGGGACCCUCUGUGAGAUGUUGCUCAUGGUGCAAGCAUAUCAGCGGGAAAUCGUGCUGCCGAACAAAUACAUAACUCCAAAAGAGGCGUUUUGGGAUGGCCAUCUCCUUGACUCGGAAACCUACGUUGGCGGCCACGUCGAAAGUAUCGAGGCUGGUGUUUUCCGGGCAGACAUUCCAGUGGACUUUGCUGUUGAACCGUCGGCAGUUGAUGAACUUCUUGACGACCUGGAUGCCGCUUUGAGGUUUGUCAUCACUGUGGAAGAACAGAAGUCCUUUGACGAUGUGGAAAACUAUGAGGAGGUCAAGGCGCAGAUCAAGGCAGCACUCAUGAAGCUCAGGGAGACCCCCAAUCGCCACGAGACACCUCUGAUCUACCAUCUCGACGUUGCCUCCAUGUACCCCAAUAUCAUGACCACCAACCGACUGCAACCCGACUCGAUGAUUAAGGAAUCUGACUGCGCUGCUUGCGAUUUCAACAGGCCAGGAAAGACUUGCGAUAGGAGAAUGCCUUGGGCAUGGAGAGGGGAGUAUAUCCCGGCAAAACGAGACGAAUACAACAUGAUUCGACACACCUUGGAGAAUGAGAAAUUCCCUGGAAAGUACCCCAACUCCCCAAUGCGUGCGUUUCAGGAGUUGAGUGCGGAUGAUCAAGCGGGUCUUAUACGGAAACGCCUUCAGCUGUACUCGCAAAAGGUCUACCACAAGAUUCACGACUCCACCACCAUCGUCCGAGAGGCAAUCAUCUGCCAACGGGAGAAUCCCUUCUACAUCAAUACCGUCCGAGACUUCCGUGACCGUCGAUAUGACUACAAGGGUAAGGCCAAAACUUGGAAGGGGAAAACAGAGUCUCUCAAAUCUUCCGGGGCACCUCCGAACGAGGUCGACGCCGCCAAAAAGAUGAUCAUUUUGUAUGAUUCCCUACAGCUCGCUCACAAGGUCAUUCUCAACUCCUUCUACGGAUACGUCAUGAGAAAGGGAUCUCGCUGGUAUUCUCUGGACAUGGCCGGCGUUACUUGCUUGACUGGAGCCCAUAUCAUUCAGAUGGCUAGACAACUCGUCGAACGCCUUGGCCGACCUCUGGAGCUGGACACCGAUGGUAUCUGGUGCAUGCUUCCAGCGACUUUCCCCGAGAAUUUCUCAUUCAAGCUCAAGAACGGAAAGAAGCUCAACAUCUCGUACCCCUGUGUCAUGCUUAACCAUCUCGUCCACGCCAAGUUCACCAACCACCAAUACCAGACCCUGGUUGAUCAAAAGACGUUCAAGUACGAAACUCACAGUGACAACUCCAUUUUCUUCGAAGUCGAUGGUCCUUACAAGGCCAUGGUUCUCCCCACAUCGAAAGAAGAAGACAAGAACUUGAAGAAGAGAUACGCUGUAUUCAAUGACGACGGAAGUCUGGCUGAGUUGAAGGGUUUUGAAGUCAAGCGUCGUGGUGAGCUAAAACUCAUCAAGAUCUUCCAGCAGCAAAUCUUCAAGUUCUUCCUUGAGGGAACCACACUGGCAGAGUGCUACACCGCUGUAGCCAAGGUUGCCAAUCAGUGGUUGGAUGUCUUGCACAGCAAAGGUGUAACUUUAGCAGAUGAAGAGCUGAUGGAGCUCAUUUCGGAGAACCGAAGCAUGUCCAAGACCCUCGAGGAGUACGGCACCCAAAAAUCAACCAGUAUCACCACUGCCAAGCGUUUGGCGGACUUCUUGGGUGAGCAGAUGGUCAAAGACAAGGGACUGAACUGCAAGUUCAUUAUUUGUGCUCGGCCCAAGAAUGCUCCCGUCACGGAGCGAGCCGUCCCUGUUGCAAUCUUUUCCGCGGAAGAGAGCGUCAAGCGAACCUAUCUCAAGAAAUGGCUCAAGGAAGAUCCUGCCGAUACGGACCCUCGGGCACUUCUCGAUUGGGAUUACUACCUUGAGCGUCUAGGCUCCGUCAUUCAGAAGCUCAUCACCAUUCCCGCUGCCCUUCAGAAAGUUCGCAACCCUGUCCCGCGAGUUCCUCAUCCCGAUUGGCUGCAGAGGAGGAUCAAUAUCAAGGAGGACAGGAUGAAGCAAAAGAAACUCACCGAUCUCUUCAGCAAGGGCCCGCUUGAGGACAUCACGAAUCGCAAUGGUCCUCGAAUGGAUGAUUUGGAAGACUUUGGUAGCAAGCUUCUAAAGCCUAAGCUCGUUAGCUCGGUCAUUGCUGCUUCUCAAUCCGCACCUACAGUUCAAAAACGGAAGUCUCCAGAGCCUGCCGAGAACCUUGACCCUAUGGCUGCGUUGCCAAAGAUUAUGCCAAGCCCUUCGGAUGACUAUCCAGCGUUCUUGGAUUAUCAAAAACAGAAGUGGAAAAUUCAGAAGCAGGCUCGCAUUCGAAGACGACAGCUUUUCGGUGACCGACGAGGUCAGGCGGGCAGCAACAUCCAGCAGACUUUCAUGAAGCAAGCUCAUGUCACUUACAUGAACACUUGGCAAGUUUUACACUUGAAGACAACCGACACACCUGGAAUUGUCAUGGCAUACGUCUUGAUCGACGCCAAGAUUCACACGUUGAAGGUCAACGUACCUCGUCAAGUCUUCCUCAACCUAAAGGGCAAGGACCUGCCUGAUGUCGAGGUCGAUGGCUGCGAGGUCGAACAAGUCAACUACACGUUGCCCAAUGGUCACCCAUCAAGUCACCUCUUCAAGCUCACUGUCCAGGAGGAUACAUAUUUCAAUGAGAACGAGAAGUUUUCACUCCUUUUCAAUCAUCCCAGUGUGGAGGGAGUGUACGAAAAACAGGUGCCUUUAAAUAUCCGGGCUGUACUGCGGCUUGGAAACCAGUGCACCAUCGACGAAAAUCAGCACGCAGUGCUCGGAAAGGGACUGGAGCAGGGCUUCGAUCUUUCUGGUCUGAAGCGUCCAGCUAAACCGCGAACAUAUCUCGACACAUCCCUUCUGGCUUACAUCUACAUCUCUCACAUCACCGCAGGCGAGCGACAAAUCUUUGGAAUCUUCUCCACGACCAGCGAUCAAGCACACGUUAUUAUUCUUCAGAAGAACAAGGAUUCUGGACAAGAUCUCCCAAACAUCACCAAAAUGUACUCGCAGAUGCUUGCCAAGCGAUCUGAGGAGGCUGCUGGGACGAACUGGCAGGAUUGUUUCACCUACCAGGAAAAGCUCAACAUUCGUAUCACGCAAGUAACGACACGAAGGAAGGCUCAUCUGGAGAUCGGAGACGUUGUCAAAAAGAUGCGCAAGGAUGAGCAUCGACCACAGAUGUUGGUUGUUCAAUCAUCCCAGCGCAAGCUCCUCGUUCAUGAUGUCCCUGUCCUCGGGGAUUUCCCUAUUCUGCCGCUCAAAUACGAUGCCGCGGACAGCUCUCUGCCACCGCUGGGCUGGCAGUCUGUUAUUGCUCGUCGUCUUGUUGGACACUACCUUGGCCUUGGAUCGUGGAUCCUGCAUCUCACUGCCUUGGCACGAUAUGGCGAUGUUCCUCUCUGUAACCUUGAGCUUGAUGAUCCUCGGUUCUUGAUCGACAUCGCCUAUGCUCGCCGACUGCAAGCAAAUGGCGUGGUUCUCUGGUGGUCUCCUGGGGCCCGCCCAGAUCACGCUGGUUACGAAAGGGAUGAUAUUUUGGGACCACUUGACACGGUCAAGAUGCCAAGCGUCAAUAACCCAGGAACAUUCUCGUCGGUAUGCAUAGACAUUGACGUCAGAAACCUGGCUAUAAACACCAUCUUAACAUCCUCCCUCAUCAACGAACUGGAGGGUGCCGAUUCUGUCUCAUUCAACCCGUCUGGCGGGGACGACUCUGAAACUUUACAAUCAGAAAACGCCUUUGCCAACGCAGGCGUGCUUGUCCUACGAGAGAUGGUCAAGGCAUGGUGGGCCGAAGCGUGUCGAGGAAACACCAUGGCCGAUGUCAUGGUGCAGCAUCUUGUCCGCUGGGUGGAAAACCCUGACUCUUUCAUGUACGAUCGAGCAUUGCAUUACUACGUGCAAAUGAUGUCCCGCAAAGCCUUCCAACAACUCAUGGCCGACUUUCGCCGCGUGGGCUCUCAGGUUGUCUUUGCCAACGCUAACCGACUCAUUUUGCAGACGACCAAGGCGGAGGUUGGCAACGCGUAUGCGUAUAGUCAGUACAUCAUCAAGUCAAUCAAGAGCAAACCCCUCUUCCACUUCAUCGACCUGGAGAUCAAAGAGUACUGGGACUACUUGGUCUGGUACGAUGAAUUUAACUACGGAGGCAAGGCAUGCCAGGAGGUUAUCGAGGCAGACGAGCAGAAUCUCGAAACCGUCAUGCACUGGCAAAUGGCGACAUUCCUCCCCAUGCGACUGCAGCCGACUUUCCAAGACUGGGUAAUAGAGUUCAUCCAGCUGAUGCAUCACCUCAAGAGGCCACAGGGCAAUGAUCCUGAUUCAACGCCGCGUCUCACCCAACUGCCAAACCGCGGCUUGGAGAAUCAGGAGGGCCAGAUCAUUCUCGGCAAGGCUUUCGAGAAGCCUCUCAAAAAAGCCAUCCUUGGACUCAUCAACAAGCAAAAGCGCGAGCUGCUCCAUCCAGAGCUCGCUGAGGACUACUCGUUCCCUAGCCUCCCAGGCUCGCAUCUCGCCCCGCGCAACCCCAUUCUUGAGCUUAUCAAGUCGUUGAUGCAAGUCCUCUCGCUUGACAAGAACAUCACGCUGGAGGCUCGUCUCCUCCGUAAGGAGCUCUUGGCCAUGUUCGAGAUCCGCGAGUUCUCCAAAGACGGCACUUUUGCGAACCCCUCUGAGAGCCUUCGCUUGCCGCAACUAUCUUGCGAUAGCUGCACAAUGACACGCGAUCUAGAUUUGUGCCGCGAUGAGGACCUUGUUGGUGAGGGAGCAAACUGGCGCUGCAAUUUCUGUGAGACCGAGUUCGAUCGAGUCGCGAUCGAGGAGAAACUGUUAGGUUUGGUUGAAGGAUGGGUUGUCGAGUGGUCCACACAGGACUUGAAGUGUGUGCGGUGCGGAGCACUGAGGCUGAACGACUUUAUGGAGCAUUGUACUUGUAGUGGGGAGUGGAAGGAGGUUGUGUCGAGGGCUGAGGUGAACCGAAAACUGAGUGUCAUGAAGAGGGUGGCCAAGUUCUAUGGUCUGAGGAUGUUGGCAGAUGUGGUGGAAGGCUUAUACCAGGGAUUGUAA